CUGCGCAUGUGCGGGGCGCAGCCAGUGGCUAAACCCCCGGCGGCUCCACGGACGGCGAACCGUGGCGGAGAUGGAAGCGAGCCUGUUGCGCCAGUGCCCGCUGCUUCUGCCUCAGAACCGGGCGAAAACCGUGUACGAAGGAUUCAUUUCAGUUCAGGGACGAGAUUUUCACCUUAGAAUAGAGUUGCCUGAAGAUUUACAAAUGAAGAAUGCAAGAUUAUUAUGUAGUUGGCAACUGAAAACAAUACUUAAUGGAUACCAUCAAAUAGUACAACAGAGAAUGCAGCACUCUCCUGAUCUAAUGAGCUUUCUGAUGGAGUUGAAGAUGGUUUUGGAAGUUGCUUUAAAGAAGAAACAGGAGUUGUGUCCACCACCUCCUCCUCCCCAGUUCUACUCAAGCCUUAUUGAAGACAUAGGAAUUCUUGGUUGGGACAAACUUGUAUUUGUGGAUACUUGUCUCAGUACCAUCAAGUUAAAAGCUGAAGAUGCUUCUGGUAGAAAACAUUUAAUUACUCUCAAGUUGAAGGCAAAGUACCCUGCAGAAUCACCAGAUUGUUUUGUGGAUUUUCCUGUUCCAUUUUCUGUUUCUUGGACACCACAGGUCACUGAUCAACCCCAAAGAGGUGUUAGAAUUGCAGUUCUACCUAUAACUGUGCCAUUAAGUGCAGGUUUGGUGGUGUAUCCUUGCCAUUGCAGUUGGAAUUUUCAGAUUUGGUAUGAUACAAGCUCUUUAAUAAGCAUUUACGGUCAGUUUUUGGCAGCCUUAGAAUCACUGAAAGCAUUCUGGGAUGCUACGGAUGAAAUCGACGAGAAGACUUGGGUACUGGAACCAGAAAAACCUACACGGAGUGCAACAGCACGCAGGAUUGCACUGGGGAAUAAUGCUUCAAUACAUAUAGAGGUUGACCCCAAGCAUCCUACUAUGCUUCCUGAGUGCUGCUUUCUUGGAGCUGACCAUGUGGUAAAACCUCUUGGAAUUAAGCUGAGCAGGAACAUACAUUUGUGGGAUCCAGAAAAUAGUCUGUUACAAAAUUUGAAGGAUGUUUUAGAAAUAGAUUUUCCAGCUCGCACUAACCUGGAAAAAUCUGAUUUUUCUAUGGAUUGUGGCAUUUGUUAUUCAUAUCAACUUGAUGGUGCCAUUCCUGAUCAUGUGUGUGAUAAUCCUCAAUGUGCACAGCCUUUCCAUCAAAUAUGCUUAUAUGAGUGGUUGAGAGGACUGUUGACUAGUAGACAGAGUUUUAACAUCAUAUUUGGUGAAUGCCCAUAUUGUAGUAAGCCAAUUACCUUGAAAAUGUCUGGGAGGAAAUCCUAAAAUAAGAAUGUAACAUUUCUGUGAAGAACUGGCAGCCUUAAGAAUUAUCAAAAGGAUUUUAUUUGAUAUCUUCAGAGAAAGUAUAAAGUAAGACCUACUAAAAUCAAAAGAAAAAGAACGAUAAAGCCAUAAUAAUACACGUCAGUAACUGUCUCUUCACUGAGAGUAGAGUCUCUGACCUCCAUUCCGGUUGGAGAAGUAUAUGUAUACCAAGAUGAAGAUCUUGAGUUGUCGAGUAUAUACGGACUGAUAAAAUCUUGAUAUGGUUUGUAAAGUGAAUUUGGGAACUGUAUAGAGCUCGGUUUUUGUGGAGAACUGUUUCUUUCAUUCAGAAUUUGAGACUCACAGUACUUUUGUCUUCUCUUUGUGCUUUCCUAUGGAAAAGUAUAUAUAUUGUGUUAGGUCUGAGUUAUCCUUAUACUGUGUACUCUAAGAGUUCUAAAUAAAACAUGUUACACAAAA